CGCGAUCGUGGUUGAGUCGGGGAUAGUCCGAGGUUAAUCGCGACUUGACUCGACGGUGGCAUCGAUUUGGAUGCGAUCCGUGCUUGGAUUCUUGCGCGCGCCUGUACAUUAUCAUCGCAACUCUCGACUUCGCCUUUUAUCUGUACAAAAGCGCUUUGCCACACGCGCAUUCGUCCAACGCGACGCCGAACCACGCCCGCCCCCGAUGUCCGAGGUGAAGAAGACCGUGCAUCCGUUCGACAAGGCCCGCCUCGAGGCGACCCUCGCGCGCCGAUUCUUCUAUGCGCCUGCAUUCGAGAUCUACGGCGGUGUCGCCGGUCUGUACGACUACGGCCCACCGGGAUCGGCCCUGCAGGCGAACAUCAUCGCCGAAUGGCGGCGGCACUUCAUCAUCGAGGAGAACAUGCUCGAGCUCGACACCACCAUCAUGACCCCCGCCCCCGUCUUCGAAACCUCUGGCCACGUCGCGCGAUUCGCCGACUGGAUGGUUAAAGAUCUCAAGACCGGCGAGGUUCUGCGCGCGGACCACCUGGUGAAGAACGUCAUCGAGGCCCGCCUGGUUGGGGAUAAGGAGGCCCGCGGUGCAGUUGCUGAGCCGGCCGUAGAGAGCGAGAAGGACAAGAAGAAGAAAAAGAAGGCGGCGAAGGCGGCACCCGUCAAGCUUGCGGAUGAGCUCGUGAAGGAAUACGAGUUCGUACUCGCACAGCUGGACAACUACUCUGGACCGGAGCUCGGCGAACUUAUUCGCAAGUACGCGAUCCGGAAUCCAGACACGGACAACGAGAUCGGCGAACCUCAGCAAUUCAAUCUCAUGUUCGGGAGCAGCAUCGGGCCCACCGGUCAACAUCCGGGCUUCCUCCGCCCGGAGACGGCGCAGGGCCACUUCCUCAACUUCUCCCGUCUGCUCGAGUUCAACUACGGCCGAGUGCCGUUCGCGUCCGCCUGCAUCGGGCGCUCGUUCCGAAACGAGAUCUCGCCCCGCGCGGGCCUGCUCCGCGUGCGCGAGUUCACGAUGGCCGAGAUCGAGCACUACGUCGACCCCGAGGACAAGUCCCACCCGCGCUUCAAAGAAGUGCGCGACAUCACGCUCGCCCUCCUGGACCGGCACGUGCAGGUCGCGGGCUCGUCCGAGCCCGCGCAGAUCACGAUCGGCGAGGCGGUCGACAGGGGCGUCGUCGCGAACGAGACGCUGGGCUACUUCCUCGCGCGCAUCUACCUCUUCCUCGUCAAGAUCGGCAUCGACCCGCAGCGAUUGAGGUUUAGGCAGCACAUGGCGAACGAGAUGGCGCACUACGCGACGGACUGCUGGGACGCGGAGAUCCACAACUCGACGGGCUGGACGGAGUGCGUCGGCUGUGCGGACCGCGCCGCGUACGAUCUCUCCGUGCACGCGAAGAAGACGGGCGCGCCGCUCGUCGUCCGCCAGGCGCUCAGCACGCCGAUCUCGCGGGAGGCGGAGGUCGUCGAAUUCAACAAGAAGAACCUAGGCAAGACGUUUGGCAAGGACUCGGCCGUCAUCCAGAAGAUCGUCGGAGACAUGAGCGAGGAGCAGCUGAUCAAGCUCAAGGGCGAGCUCGCACAGGGAACUGCCACUAUUACGGCAGAGGACGGCCGUCAACUAAAGCUCACGCCGGGCUUCCUGACCAUCGAGCGCAAGACCAUCAAGCAACACGUGCGCGAAUUCAUUCCCAACGUCAUCGAGCCCUCGUUCGGUCUCGGCCGCAUCCUAUAUACGUUGCUCGAACAUAGCUUCUGGUCCAGGGAGCAAGAUGUCGAACGCGGGGUUCUCUCGCUCCCCGCGCUCGUCGCGCCCACGAAAGUGUUGAUCGUGCCUCUGAGCGCGAAAGAGGAGUUUGUCCCGCUCGUGCGGGAAGUCCAUUCGAAGCUCCGCGCCGCUGGCGUGUUCUCGCGCGUGGACGACUCGAAUACGUCCAUAGGAAAGCGCUAUGCGAGGAACGACGAGCUCGGGACGCCGUUCGGCGUCACCCUCGACUUCGCAUCGGUCCAGAAUCGCACCAUGACGCUCAGGGAACGAGACACGACGACUCAGCUGAUCGGCGACAUCGACGAGGUGGUCAAGGUCGUGAUCGAGCUCGUGGAGGGCACGAUCGAGUGGAAGGAGGCCUGCGGCCGGCUUUCCGUGUACACGGGCGUGCAGGCCGUCGAGUAAAACCUAACAGAAUCGAAAUGCAUGUAGACACCCCCAUGACCGGACCGAGUUUGGGCGUUUCC